UUCGAUCGUGUCAUCAACGUAUUGGCUCUCAGUUCAACCGGUGACGGUAACGUGUCCACAAAAGCCCAAAUAAUCAUUCGAUUGAGUGAAAAUUCAGUGACGAAGACGAAGACAAAUUGUAGUCAAGAGAAUAAAUCAGUGACUUGGAGAUGUAAUUCGUCACGCGUAAAAUUUUUGCAAUGACAUUCUGAGAAAUUAGAGGAGUAUUCAGUCGAUAUUUAGCGGGAAAUCGAUUGAUUGAGUGGAUAUUACAGUGAAAUUGUGAUUAUUGUUUUCCAUGUUUUUGUGCAUUGGAUUAUAGUCAUGAGAAUUCGAAGAAAAUAGAAUGAAUUUACGUUCGUAAAGGAAACCUGUUCUGCCCCAAUGGUUCUCACAUGGACAAGUAUCAAUCAUAAAGCCAGCAAAGAAAAACUACACUGUCGAGCUCAGAGCGUUCAUAACAGAGGACAGAGGUGGUAAAGGAGACGAUGAUUGAGCCUCGGAAAUAACCACCGAGGUCCGACCUCCCCCCUCGUUCCCAUCACGGGUGAAGAAAAACAAGAAUCGAGAGGGGGUGGAGGUGGUGGAGGCGGUGGUGGUGUAGUCGAGGGAGAAGUUGAUGGUGAUGAGGAGACAGAAGGAGUCAAAACAAGGGGGGAAAGACUACGAAGUGAUCACCAUAUCAACCUGCCAAUCGAACAGAGAAGGAUUUUCCCGAUUGUUGGAGAAGAUAAACGUCAAAAACCUUCAGUACAACGAAAUAAAAGAAAGAAAAAUAAUCACCUCGAGUUGCUGAGAAAGAGAGAAUAAAUGAAUAAAACUUGAAACUUGGGACAAGAGUGUGCACAUCCUGUUUGAAAAGCCGAGUUAAUUAAACUUCGAAUGCAAGAAAAUACCAAAAUACAGAAAUAUAGUUGAGAGAACUAACGAACUAGUGCUGUUACGACUGGUGCAUGAACAGUGAGUGUGACUCAAUUUCCCCAGUGCUCAGUGCUGUUUGUUUUGGGUGAGUGGUCUAGUGUCCAGUGAUCAGUUGGAGACACAAUAAGUCACUGACAGAGUAUUCUCACACUGAAUAGAACAGAGUGAGAGUGGAAAAAAAAAAUAUAUUCAUACCCCCAUGAAAAUGCUACAGUCGCUGAACGCUCUGGCGGGCAAAAUAUCGCCGGGCUCGCCUACCGAUGGCAAUGCCAACAAGGUUCAUCUGCAAAAUAAUAAUAACAACAAUUUCAAUAACAACAAUAACAACAACGUGUCGCAUCAUCCACAUCCGUACUCGAAGCAACAGUCGACGAGAAUGCAGCCGAGUAAUGGAGAGAGUCAAAAGGAGAAUAGCAUGAUCGAGAACAGUUUGGAGAAGCCCGAUCCAGACACGAUUAAAAUGUUCGUUGGCCAAGUACCACACGACAUGGAGGAGAAUGAUCUUCGGGAGAUGUUCGAGCAGUUUGGAAGGGUUCACCAGAUCAAUGUUUUACGAAACAAAUACACGGGUAGUCAUCAAGGCUGCUGUUUUGUUACAUUUUAUACGAGGAAGGCAGCUCUCGCAGCCCAGAAUGCAUUGCACAAUAUCAAAACGUUCAAUGGGAUGCAUCGACCAAUCCAGAUGAAACCAGCAGACAGCGGCCACCGCAACGAUCGAAAACUAUUCGUGGGCAUGUUAUCCAAGAAGUACACAGAGAAUGACGUCAGAAACAUGUUCGAUGUGUAUGGUGCAAUAGAAGAGUGCUCAGUACUCCGUGAUAACAGUACUGGACAGAGUAGAGGUUGUGCAUUUGUCACAUUUGCGAGUAAACAAUAUGCCAUAAAUGCCAUCAAAGCCCUACACCACUCUCGUACAAUGGAGGGGUGUUCGUCACCAUUAGUGGUCAAGUUCGCUGACACGCAGAAGGAGAAGGACCAGAAGAGGAUGCAGCAGUUGCAGGCCAACUUGUGGAACAUUGCUGCUGUCAAUAUGACCACACCGCCUUAUUUAACGAACAACGAUACACCCACACUAGCGCCAACAACGUCACUCCAGUUACUUCAGCAAUUGCAAGCGAGUUCAAGUGCUGCAACCCCAGUAGCGAGUAAUACCGGAGCUGCCAGUGCAUUAUCAAGUGUGCAACAUCAAUUGCUGCUUCAACAACACCUAGGACUGAGUGCUGCAACCGCAUCACAAGCUGCGGCAGCCCCGGCUGUACCAAGCUCACCCGAGAUCAGUCAAGCUAAUCUUCAGGGUCUCGCUACACUAGCAUCCCUCGGUAAUUCCACCGCAAAUGCUGCUGUAUCACCAAUGAGUAUGCAAGAUUUAGUAACACUAGCGGCAAUGACUGGUGGCAGCAGUAAUCUGCAAGUGCAGCCGAGCUCACUGACUGGAUUGGGUAAUUCAACGGCAGGUAUGUCACUAUGGUCCACUGGUAACAGUUUCAAUCCAGUGACGUCUCUCACGCUCAAUUCACUGACUGCAUCACCACUGAGUGGCAUUCAGGACUCAUUGACAAGUGCUUAUUCGAGUCUACAGCAAUAUGCAGGAUUUCCAACACUUACGACAACAAAUAGCACAACAGCAAUAGCUGCUGCUGCACUGGCUGCUCAGCAGCAAGCCAUGAUAGCAAAUGCUGCUGGCAAGCAAAUUGAGGGACCAGAGGGAUGCAAUUUAUUCAUCUACCAUCUGCCCCAAGAAUUCACUGAUAUGGAUCUUGCAUCGACAUUCGUACAAUUUGGUAAUAUGCUAUCGGCCAAAGUCGUUGUUGAUCUCAAAACCAACAUGAGCAGGUGCUUCGGUUUUGUAUCAUACGACAAUCCAACAAGUGCUGCUGCUGCAAUACAAACGAUGAAUGGAUUUCACAUAGGCACUAAACGACUGAAGGUGGAACACAAAAGAGCCAAAGAGGCUGCCAAGCCCUAUUAGUCCCCUUCCCAACUCACGGGCUUCAUUAUUAAUAGCAGGUGGCCUGUGACGUUGUGACUGUUAUACUAUCAACUGGAGUUCUCGCCCCCCCGUGCCAUGUCUGUCUCAGUUCAGUCACGACUCGAUCAGUCUCUGUGUUUUGUCGGUGCCUGUUGCAACUAUACCAUCAUCAAAAAUAUAAUGAAAAAAAUCGAGUAUAAAUGUAACACCCCCCACCUUCCCUCCACCAAUAUUCCACACAGAAUUCUUACAAUCCUUUAUGUUCCACUUUAUUCUCCACGUACUUUCGUGAAAGAAACGGGAAAAAAAGAAAAUUGAAAGCAUCCUUUUUUGAUCAUUUUUUUUAUCAAAGCUAACAAGCAACUCUUUUUUUUAUCGUUUUCACGAGAGCUUUGAAGUCAGAAACUUUUACAAAAGAAAGUUUAUCUCGUCCCUUUGUCGUUUUUAAUUGAAAAAAAACGAAAGGAUUUGCUAGAGGAUUUUUUAUAAGAAUGGAAUUUGUUGAUGAAAUCGACGCCAAAAAGUUGAGGAAAAAUAUUGAAAACAAAACAACUUCAAUCUAUGUGUAUAUAUUUAUAUGUGUGCCCGUGCGUAUUAAAAUAUGUGUCUAAACAUUUCUAGUACAUAUGGGGGUAAAACGCUAACGAGUCGAGCGGUAACACCAGACUCAACGAUUAAUUAUCAUUAAUAACUUAAUGGUAUGAGAGAUAAAACGUUCAAGUACGUUUUUCUGUCGACUGAAAAGUAAAUUUUUCAACCAAAAAAUCAAUUUUGUACGACAAUUUUUCAUUGAUAUCGAAUUUCAGGGGCGCCACAAACAUGAGUUGAUUUUUUUCGCUUUUUUUUCUGCAGUAUUUCUUUUAGUUACUUUUUUUUUCUUUGGGAAAUUUGUGCGGUAGCAUGAGCUCAUUAUCGUCUAGUUUUGGGGAAAUAUCUCGUCAUUGAAGUGAUAUAUCCAAAUUUUUGUUGAUAAUUGAUUGAAAUUCAUUAUUACUAAUCAGUUCUAAUCAAUCGUUAAUUAUCAAUUAAUUGAUGAGCAUGUUCAUAAAUUUUAAUAUAUCAGUUUAUCAGUGAGAUAUACCUCUGAACUAGAUCAUUACUACCGAUUUCAAACCCCUAUUUGUUUACGUUUCGUUAAAAUCAUUUAUUUUCACUCACCAGUACGUUCCCUCGGUGCUCACGUCCUCUCCUCCCUCCCCAAAAAAUAGCGCCAAAAAGUCCCUCGAACCACACACACACUCACAUUUAAAAAAAAUAAUCCCCCUUGAACACGUUGAAUCAUCGCCGAGAAAUUGUUGGAAAGUGCUGUCAGCGUCGAUAUUCACCGUCUUCACACCUGGAAAAUUGAAAAAAAAGGGGGUUCAGGGGAUGCACGUGGGGCGUUUUACGAGCCUCGCGUUUUGUCUCGCAUGUGCAGAAAGGAAAAAAAAUUUAUGUCAACUAGCCCCACAACAUUUUUACUCCAUUUUUCUUUUAAAAAAUGCCAACCUGAUCCUCGCUUUACAUUUUCGCCUCUUCACCCAUUCGUCGAGGGGAAAAAAACGUUCAACAUUUGCUCCCCUGUCACCAAUUGCUGACACAUAAUUUUUUUUUUCAAAAACCAGAUGAAGAGAAAAAAACAGGAUUUUUUUUUCACACGUUUUUAUCGUCUAUGUACAUGUACGCAUAUAUAUUUGUAAUGUAACAGUACAAGUCACGAGGGUGGCAAAAAUGUGCUCGGGGUUUAAUGCAUUGAGUAUAUAUUUUUUUUCUUUUCUUUCGCCAUUGAAAAAACACAACCUCACGAUGAUAUUUAUGUUUAUUUUUCAUGUACAGUUGAUGUAUGUUUUUUUCUUCGUUUAAAAUGGUAGAAUAAUACUUUAUCUGAAAUAAAUCUAUCGAAAGUUGAGGCCUGCAAACGAAAAACAAUACGAAAUUACGAAUAAAAUAGUCAGACUCUUUAUUUUUUAUUUCCACGUGGUGAAUUCAUUCAGGGUGCACUCAACAUUCGGUAGAUUGAUGCCAUUUUUUUUCUCUACCAAUUUUUUUCUGUUUAAAAUAUUUCUUCAUGUUGAAAUAAUUUUUUUCUUUUCUUUUGGUAAAUAUGUAAUGCUGAGGCUCCGAGAUAAAAUACCAAAGACGUGUCUCAGAUUAACCGAUUAUUGUACUUACAACGUAAUGCAAUGCUACAGAAUGACUAAUAUUACGACAAGUAUGUAAUCGAUGAACAAUCGUUAAAACUGAUUUGAUCGAGUAGUUUUAAUUAUUCAAGAGUUCAGGCAAAUCUGACUAACACAAAGCCGAGGGUCGAAGCACACGCAUCUACCAUGCACAAGCAUUAAAUAAAAGUAUCAAUCAUAUUAUUUUCUCCGCAAUUAUUGAUUAAUUGUUAAUAGAAUUAUUGUUAUCACGAGGAUAGUUACUUGAUUUAUUGUUUUUUUUUGGUCUUAGUUCGUAAGUCAUGACGAUUAGUCGUAAUUAAUUUUUUUUGUUCACUAUUCCUCGAAAUGAAUUGUUUAUUUUCAUUCAAAUGUUUUACUUCUUAUUAUUGAUAUCGAAGGUAAUGUGCCAUUUAUCAAUGAGGGCAGAGUUUUUCUUUGGGUAUUUAAUGCCAGUCGUAGAGUUUAAUUUUUCAUCGUAAAAUGUUGAACCAAAGUAUGAAGAUGGGCACUGCACAUUUGUUUAUACCAAAAUGAAUAUUUGUUACCAGCGUGAGGGGGAGUGACUGGCCUGGGGUAAGAGUAAGAAAAAUUGUGGAGUGGUGAACUGAAAUGUCUCAAUUUUUUUUGAGAAUUCAAUUUUUUAAAUGAGAAAUUUUUGCACAGAAAAAUUAAAUCUACGAGAAAAACGUCGCUAUCUCAAUUGAAUUCCCAGAUAUUUAGAAAAAAAUGGAGCAAAAACGAGUGAAUUAUGAAAAUGUAUGAGAUCUAUUUCUAUUAAUUUUUAGGAAAUACCCAGAAGAAAUAAAUUCCUUUCAUUUCUCCACUCGACAUAAUUUUAAUUAUCCUCCAGAGGCAUUACAGAUACAAUUAAAAGAUGAAAUCAAUCACCUCAUGGCUGUCACUCCCCAUGAGCUCCACAAUUCGAGUACCUCGAAUAUAAUUUAUUUUGUCGGUUUAAUAAAUCCCUGUACUUCACGUAAUGUAAUGUUACUUAUUUCCUUGAAAUUCGAUCAUUGUUGCUAGUUGAUUAAUUAAUGAAUUACCACUUUCGUUCUCAAUUUCUUAAGCUGAAUCAUGCGAAAAGGCUCUUAGAUAGUUCGAUUGUAAAAAUUAAUCAAGUUUAAUUGUGCGUCCAAUCGAGGGUUAACGCCAUGCACCCACAUAGCAUUUUUUCUUGUAAUUGACCAUAAAAAUUGCUAUUUUGUCAUUGAAAAAUGUUAAUUCGGACGGUUGAUCGUAGUGUGAGGACAAUAUAUGAAAAGUGACUAUGUAUUUGUUUAUCAUGUAAUGAUUUGAGUGGAUGAUCCUCGUUGAAAUUUCCUUCCUCCCCCCGCCCAAAAAAAAAAUAAAUUGAAGGAAAAGUGUAAAAAAAUGUGUGCGUUGUCACCCUACGAUAAAUGUUCCCCAGAAUUUCUUUUCGCAGUGAAUGACACUCGAGAUAAUUCACAUUUUGACAUAACGUUAAAUGAAAAAAUGAAGAAUCGAAAACGAUCAUAGCCUAGGCAUAUGUUUAUUCACGAUUAUAAUUACGGUGUCUAAAAAAAAAACUAAAUAGUGAUUAAUUAGAUUUUUUAUAUCACCGUGUGAAAUUGUAGGCGCGUGAUGUUUAAGGAUAAAAACAUUGAGGAGAGGGUUGAGAGGAGGAAAAUUAAUAGAGUGUGUGUGUAUGCGCGUAUGUGUAAGCGCUGUGGUUUAGCUGGAAAAAUGAAUAAAUCGUAUUUUGGAAAUAAAA